AUGCUUCAGUUGGAAAAUGCACGAGUGAAACAGAAGGUAAAGCGCAUGCAGGAAAUCAUCAAUGAAUUGAGUGGAGUAUCAAGGGAUUAUCUCAGAGUUGGAGCAGCUGAGGCGGAUUUGGAUUAUGACGAUAUUGGCCGUGACUUCAUUCUUGUGGGAGGUGCUCAGGAUCCUCUUAGUUUAAGAUUCGAAGUUUCCAUCCGGGAUGAGAGAGGCAUCGAGCAUAAGUCAGCUGAGCGCUAUUACUGGUAUAAAAUGGCAGAACAUUUUGGAGACACGGAAACAAUGGCAAGAAUCCUGGAUGCUCCCUCCACAAUCAAAGCAGAAGAAGCAAUGAGGGACAUUAAGGAUUUCGAUGAGGCGAAAUGGAAUGAAGUAAUUUGUAAUCCGUUAUUAUUUUCAUUCUAA